AAAAAUUUUAUUUAUAAAAUCUUGAAGUCUUUGUUAUACUUCAAGAUUGCUUAUGUUAAAUUAUUAUCGAGUGACUAUUUCAAUGAAUAAAUAAACACUCAACAGAAAACUAAAUCAUUUUAAUGUUAUUUUGAGUACUUGAAAUUAGUUUUUUAUAUUUGUGUGAACUCUAUCAAGCUACGUCAGAACAGUGUUUUUAGACUUUCAGUUUCAAGAGUACAAUACGUAAGGACUGUUUGUAUUAUUUAGACAUUUUUUUUUCAAUAUUUUUAGUUUAUGUUUUUCAAAUUAUUUUAGCAAACUUAAUCUUUGUUUAGACUAUGAAGUACUACAAGCAUCUCAAAAUGGGAUCAUUUUUGUUAUCUUCUUCAUUUGACGCUGAUGUAGAAAAAGCAACUAGUGGCACCAGUACAACAGAUGACUGGGCUCUAAUAAUGGAAAUAUGUGAUAAAGUAGGUGGAUCAUCUGUUAAUUCAAAAGAUUGCUUUAAAUCAAUAAUUAAACGACUGAAUAAUCAAGAUCCACAUGUAGUUCUUCAAGCUAUUACUUUGUUAGAUGCUUGUGUGAAUAACUGUGGUAAAAAUUUUUUACUUGAAGUGGCUUCUAGAAACUUUGAACAAGAGUUUCGGAAGUUAUUAGCUAAAAAUUUACAACAAAAAGUGGCUGAUAGAUUAAAGGCAAUCCUUAAAAAAUGGGCUGAAAAUGAGUUUAAAAAUGAUCCUCAAUUAAAUCUUAUUCCUUCACUGUACAGCAAAUUAAAACAAGAAGGUAUAGACUUUUCAGUUAUUUCAGAUAAUAAUAAUUCUAACUCUUCAAAGUCUAAAGAUUUAGUAACUUUACAAGAAGUUGAUGAUAUUGCUAAAGCAAUUGAACUUAGUCUUCGUGAAACAGAACAUUCUACACAGAAAAAACCUGCUAGUGAUAAUAUUGAACGACGAGCAAAUUUGAAAAAAGUUAAAGCUUUAUAUGAUUUUGAAGCUGCUGAAGACAAUGAAUUAUCAUUCUCAUCAGAUGAUAUUAUAUAUGUUGUUGACUCAUCGGAUCCUAAUUGGUGGAAAGGAUUUACAGAUAAACACUCUGAAGGGCUGUUUCCUGCAAAUUUUGUAACCACAGAUUUAUCAAUAUCUAAAGAAGUUGUUGAAAAAUCUAACACAAGGAAGUCUAAAGUUAAACAUUCUGCUGAAGAUUACAAAUCAGUAGAAAUAGAUGAAAGUAAAAUUGAUCGUUUAUUUCAAUUAUUACGUGAAGCAAAUCCUGAAGAUGACAGUACAGACACAGAAGAAAUGUCUAUUUUAGAAGCACAAGUAAAUGCUAUGUCACCAAUGAUAGAAGCACAGUUGGAACAAUUAGAUAAAAAACAUUCCCAGCUUACUCAACUAUGUACUGAGCUUUUGGAAGCUGUUAAAUUAUACAAUAUUUUUAUGAAAGAACCACCAGCAAAUUAUGGGCCUAAACAUCAAGAAAACCAUAUCCCAAAUCCAAUGUCACCACAGCAUAUGAUUCCACCAGCCCAUAUGCAAAUGUAUAAUGGAAUGAUAGCAAAUUAUCCACAAAUGCCUGUUGAACACUUUAUAUCUGGUUCUCAAUAUCCUAUCAAUCCAGGACAUAUUAUUCCUGGUCAUAAUAUUGGACCUUCAAUGCAUGAUCAACCACAAUACCAAAUGUCACAAAAUUUAUCCAAUUAUAAUCAAAUGUAUGUACCUUCAGAAUCAUCAUUAUCACAAGUAAUUAAUUAUGCACCUCAUCCUCAACUACCAGAACAAUAAAUCACAGUAUAUCAAUAUAUUCAUCCUCGCUUAUGUGUUUUAUUAUAUAGCAAUAUAUUAAAUAAUAUUUUGUUUGUUUUAUUUGUAGGUAAAUAAAUAAAUGAUACAAUAUCAUAUAUAA